AUGGGCUCCAACACAAAUGCAUUGGGAUUCAUACGGUACGAGAAGAAAUCUGGGCGCGUCAUCCUCGUGAACGCCUGCGCUCAGCUUCGGACCGAUGCGCUACAGCUAGGGCACACCUCGAAAAAGGGCCAACUCCAGUUUGCAGGAUGCCACGGAGAGGGACUCAAACUUGCCGCCAUGGUGAUGUGCCGAGAAGGCCAUAGCGUCAGCAUCGAAACCGGCAAUUCUCAUUGGAGCUUUGCUUACGGAGGGCCUUCAAAAUCUCGGUUUUGUUGCAAUAUAGGUCCGCUUAGUGUGGCUACGCCCGACGGUAAACCCAAUCCCGCUCAGGACAUGGCUUGCUUUACGUACCGUACUUGGAGAGAUGUGUGCGUGGAGAUCGGACCGGACAGUGGAGGGACGGGAGGGGGUGUAUCCCUCGAGAAGUUCAAGCAAUGGCUGACAGUAUCCCUCGAUAUCCGUGGCUACUCGUACCCUGAAUCUAACAUCGAAACUGACCAAGGUGACUUGAUUAUUGAUCCGAGGUUUCGCGGUAAAGCCUUUCUGAAAGGUCUUCUACUUCCAGCUUCUGUUUUAGAGGCACGGCCAUUCGAGCUUAGUUACAACUUCGUCCAGGGCGGAGUCAACCGUGACAGGCAGCGAUUAGUUAGUCGGUACGAACAAGCAGAUCUGGUGCGACGAAUCUGGGAAUCUGCUAUCCGCGAAAACGAGGUCUUGGUACUCCCGAUUUAUGUUAAUCUACUGCGGAACUUUCCCCGCGCGCCAGACGUUGAGCUCGCUGACCAGCUUCUGGAUCAUCCCACGCGGUUUCGUAUCUGGAAAUAUCUCCUGAGGGAGGCAGGCGAUAAAAGAUUCUACUUCUGUCAAAAGACUGGCAGUCAGGUAAGUGAAGCCGGGGUAAUACGCUCUUAG